AUGCCGUUAACUACUUACAACAACGGCUAUCAUACGGGUACCUAUGUACCGCCCACCGGUUCACCUGAAUCGCCGCCGUUCAAUGCACAGUCGGUCUGGGGCACAAUCCUCUGCGAAGGUAACACGGUGACACCCACCCUCGACGCCAAGAUUGAAAAGGGCUUCUUCUUCUCAAGCGACCACGUAUGGACCUGCUAUCGGCGGAACUACUUUGCUGUGAAUGUGUCGUAUCAACUCUCGCCAUGGACGCCCAACGGACGUCUGUACCUAGAUCAGGGCAAUGGCAAGCAAAGCGAGCAAAUACAGUCGAUGGCUGUUUCUCUUGGAGCUGCUGUGGACGGAGCAUCGGGAAAGACGAUUGAGCUGAUUCAGCAUACCCCAAAGCGCGACAAAGGCCCCCAGCUAGCCAUGAAGAAGGAGCUGCUGGCACCGACACCACCAGGCAAAAGUCAUGAGCACGGUAGUUAUGCCCUUAACAACUUCCAUCAAACCUCGGCUGUAGCAGGCCCUCAUCUUCCGCUGCAAAGCGAGAACGAGUCGUCGCAGCAAUACUCUCCCACAAGCCAUGGUAGUAGCAACUACCAGCAUUCGUUUGAGCGCAUCCAGUUCAAAUCGGCAACGGCCAACAACGGCAAGCGUCGGGCACAACAACAGUACUACCAUCUGAUUGUAGAGCUGUGGGCGAAUGUACAGAAGCCGCAGGAGGAUGGGCCAAGGUGGGUCAAGGUGGCAGCUCGCUUGUCCCAGCCGGUCGUUGUCCGGGGACGGUCGCCCAGUCAUUACCAGAACGAAGGCCCGCACAAUGCCAGUACAUCCAGAGGUGCACCUGGCUCAGGCUUGGGUGGCAGUGGCCACCAUGGGUUGGGAUCCAACGGCCGCACGUCCUACUCAAGCUACAGCAACGCCAUGUCUGGCAGUGGUACGACAGGCAUGGGCGGGAGCAUGUAUCGUGGCAACACAUACUCGCUGGACCCAAGUCCGGUUGGCAGCCAUUCAAUCAGUUCAUCAAGCUCCUUGAGUGGGGGAAACAUUCAAGGAAUCGUUGGUGACCAACAGAUGGUUGAGGACGGUGACAGCAAGAUGAUGGACACGACGCCGCAUGAAUACUCGUACUACCCGGUGACCAUCUAUGAGAGCACCUCGAGCAAGUUUGAAGGCACACUUCCGCCACCAGAUCGUAGGGUUAAGGAAGAAUAUCCCAGUGGUGCGUGGCAAGUGGGAGGAUGCGGCCGAUUUCAAGGCAUAGAAAGUAGCCGCGGCUACUACCCUGACGUUCAGACGCACACGUAUUGA